AUGUCUUCCUCUCGCCCUCGCCCUAGCAUGCAGCAGAGUGUGUACUACAAGUGGCUCUGGUGCAACGAGAACUCCAAGGUUAACGUGUACUUCCUGAACAUGCCUGAACGCCACAACUACCGCAUGUUCUAUCCCUCCUUCAUCAACGCCGCCAACCGCGCCUGGGAGCUGGCUCGUCACCCCAACAGCAACCUCCAGCCCCUGGACAUCGACAUGAUUGCUUGCUUGCUCGAAGAGCACAUCCCUGCAGAGAUGAUCAUCGAUGCACUGCAGAAGUACAACCACCUCAUCGGUGGCAACAAGGGAGAUCUGAAGAACAAGGGCACGGUCAAGAUUGGUGACAGUCCUCCUGUACUACACANNGAGUUGUCCACUAUCGAAGCCGCUGUCGAGGAGCUGAAGAAGAAAGUCAAAGCCACUCGUGCCAAGGUCGCUGCACGUUACGCCGAUGAGCAGGCCAAGGCCACCAACGACUACCAGGAUGAGGGUGAGGAUGAGGAGAUGAAGGACGUCAACGACCAGACCAUGCUGUCCCUCAACGACAUGAAUGUCGAGCUGGAUGCUGCUGGCAAGGCUCGUCCCGCUACCAACGAUAAGGGCAAGGGCAAGGCCCCUGUCAAGUUCGGCGACCUCNCCUUUGUUGGUGGUCAGAACAAGGAUGCUGAGGAGCAGUGA